GAGCAUGUGGCUGGGAGAGAAGCAGAGAGAGGCCGAAAUGGUCUGGGAGUGCAGCUGAGGACAGGCCAAAGGGCAGCUCUGUUGGGGACAAGCCAAGGUGCACUGGAAGCACCACUGAGGGGGUAUUGCCUGGGUUUAUCACUGACCUCCUGGAGACUUGACUGGCAUUCCUCCUCCUCCUCCCUCCCCUGCCCCCAGCCCUAUCAACACACAGCCACAGUGAGUAUCCGGGCUCUCCAGCUGCCCGGCAGAACCCCAGGGGCUGGGCUGCAGGUAAUCUCGCUCCGGCCCUCCAAGAGCCCUCCAGACCCCAGCCUGGCCAGCAGCCUGUCUGGCUCACUCCAUGGAAGAGAAGCCCUCCCACUCAUCCCACUGCAGGAACCUGAUCCUGCCCUUCAGUGUAGGAACCAAGGUAGCUUUAGCCUCUGGCCUCAGGGCUGAGCUUACACGUGUCGGCAGAGGACUGCUCAGUGGAGUGGAGCAGCCUCUGAGGGGUUCUGGGAUGGCAACGCCCUGCAGUGCAACGCUGAUCUGAGCAGCCGCCCUGGCCCAUUCAGGCCUGGAAAGCGAGACUGGGAGUUAGCUAGAAGCAAAACAUGGCUUAACCUGUGACCGGGAGCCCAGACAGGCUGACCUACCGGCACAGUCUAGCUAUUUCUAGCGCGCCUAUUGCUAUAAUAGCUAGGUACAGGCUUCCAAUCCCAACUUUGCCACUGACUAGCUUGGUGACCUUGGACUAGUCACAUGGCUGCUCUGUGCCUCAGUUUCCCUGUCUCCAGAAUGGGGCAGCGUGGGGGCAGAUAUUGAAUAUGGUAGCACCGGUGAAGAUUGGAGAGAAGAUGCCAUAGAAAAGCACACAGAUUUCCUAAAAUCAUAAUAAUUAAUAUAUUUCUUUCCUGUUCUAGCUGCCCCAUGAGUCAGGCACAGGCCCGUUCUCAUUUCACCUGGCCCGUCCUUCCUUGUGCCUUGGCAUCAGUGUUCCAGGCAGGAAUCCCACAGAGCACCCAGUAACUUGCUUCUGUGCCCAGAACAGUCGGAAGAUCCUCAGCCUGAGCCUUCACCUUUGCUGUUGUGGUUUUUAAGCCGUAUUACCUCAGGAUUCAGGCAUUUGUCCUGAAAUCCCCCUUCGGCUCCUGUGACCUGCUACCUCAUCUGCGAGCCGGCUCCCACGCUAGCAGACGGAGGGGGCGGAAAGAGGGAAGACGGAGGACAGCGGAUUAACACUAAUCCACAUAUUUGCUUACUUUCAGCCGCACAAGAGCUCUGGGCAGCAGCAGCCAGGGUGACACCAGACACCAGCUCUGCUGUCCUAUCUGUCCAGGCCCAAGCGGGGCUGCUCCCACCCCCCACACCUUGGGGCUUUUCCUGAAGAGAGAACUGAGGAUCCAGAGGCCUCAUCUGAUAGCAGACGCUGCCGGUGGAAAGCAGGCUCAGAAAAGCCUUCCUGGGAAGUUUAAUGAGUGCUGUGGAGAGCAAUUAUCCAGGAGCGCCGAACCAGAGAAAAGACAGGUCCACGCUCCCCACCAGCAGCUCUAAGGCAUCUCCACAGAUCGGGAGCAGGGGCUGGUCUUGGGAGCAUCUCCAGCCCCGGGCACAACACGGCCAAAAGGAAGGGGUAGCAUGAACGAUGGGGCGUCUGGGGCUGUGACAAGCCACUGAAGGCCAGUUUCUUGUGUUCUAGGGGAGAGGGCGUGGAGUAACAACGGGGUGUGACAUGAGUCUUGGGAAGCUACCGGUGAUCGGCUGGGUGUCAGGCUCCCACAGCAAACGCCGGUUGAAAUCGGAGCUGACACCGGACAUGAUCAGCCCACCGCUGGCGGACUUCCGGCACACCAUGCAUGUGGGGCGCGGUGGGGAUGUCUUCGGGGACACCUCCUUCCUCAGCAACCACGGGGGCACCGAGGCAGCCAAAGCCAACAACUUCUUUGCCCGUACCCUGCGGCAUGUGCGGAAGGUACCCUUGAGGAACCGGGGCAGUGGGGGCAAAGCUGAAGCCUCGCCUGCUCCCCCAGCCAUCUCGCCCAUCAUCAAGAAUGCUGUGUCGCUGCCACAGCUUAACGAAGGGACCUAUGGGGGUGACAGCCUGGCUGGGAAGUUUGCCUUCAAGCGCACUGCAAACAACAUGUCUGAUACACACUAUGCUUACGGGCUGGAGUCCGGGUUCUGCACCAUCCCGCGGGUGCCGCGCUCGGAGAAGGCCCGCGAGAGCUCCUUGCCCGCCGAAGCGGAGCUGCAGCGCUCGGACUCCCUGCUCUCCUUCCGCCUGGACCUCGGGCCCUCCCUAAUGAGCGAGCUCCUCCAGGUCAUGAGCUUCUCCAACGCCAUGGACAGCACUGGCAAGAGGAAGGAGCAUGAGGAAGAGCAGGCCCUGGCCGGUUGCCAGGCAGCAUCACCCCUCACCCUGCAUGGGGAGUGGCUUUUUUAUCGGGGACACCCCACGACCAGUGUAUACAGGGCGACAUGGCAGAAAGCCCCUGGGGCCGCUGCAGGCAGGGAGCCAACUCCCCAGUGGGACACUUGGUGCAUGCUAAUGGAGAUGCUCAUGGCCCAGAGUAUGCUGAGGAGGACCCGGCCUAUUCUGGGGGCAGGCAUCAGAGCCCUAGAUGGGCCUCAACACCUGCUGAGGAACCAGGGGUGCUCCCGAAAGACACCCUGUGGCAGGGGCACUGGAAUGACUGCAGCAUGGAGGCGGGACAGUUCAGCCGGGCUGCCCAGGUCCUGGCUCGCCACUACGGGGGGAGAAGUGCCCACUGCAGCCUGGAAGAGGAGGAGGAGGAGGAGCCCCAGGAGGCAAGAACUCAGGCCUCCUGGGAGAUCCCUGCUGUUGGCUCGUGGCGGGCGGAUGAGGCUGGGUGGAGCCACAGCGAGGAGGAGGAGGAGGAGGAAGAGGAGGCCGCACUCUCAGCUGUGCAGGAGGGACAGGCCAUGGCUGGGGAGGGCCGCAGCGACUCCUUCGAGUAUGCCGAUGAGGAGGAGGAGGAGGAUGAAGUGAAGGUCUGAACAGCCACCGUCUCCUAUGGUCUUGGACCUCCCCAGCCUUCCCCGAGAGACAUCAGCUGUUGGGGGCUGAUGGGUAAGCUGCAGACAGGCGAACUGAUCCAAAGGGCUAGUGGGGAUGGAAGCAGGGGAAGCAACUCUAUGAUCCGCCCAGCGCCUGGGGCAGGCCCUCCCUUCCCCAAAGGGCAGGUUGUACAAAUGGGGAAAUGCUGAUGAUUGCAUGGUCCUUUCCCCUCCCCUCUUCCCCGCCGUGCCAGGCACCCACGCAGGGCUGCACCGGAACAGUCCUGGCAGGCUGCUGCGCCCGCAGUAAACAAUGGACAGGAGCAGAUCGGCGAAAACACUCCAACUGCACGGCUCACUCUGCUGUGUCCCCCUGCCCACUGAGCUAGAGACGGGGGGAGCAGGCUUGCUCCCUGCAGCGGCCAUGCUGGGCUGGAGCAACCCAGCCCCCUCCCUGGGCCUGGAGUGCUCUUGGCCGUUCUCCCAAGAACUGAACCUAGUUCUGCCACACAGCUUCUGCGGCCUUCACCCAGUGGCCAUGCUGUUGGGCUAGCUAAUUCCUGGUUCCCUCCUGCCAAGGGCCGCCCUAGCAAUCCAGCUCAGGGUUCCAGCCACCCUAGGACACAGCAAUCUGGUUCCUCUCGCUGCAGUAGAGGGGGAGUCCUCCCAGCUG